AUGAGUGCAGACGUGAUCAAACGGUCGAACCCGGCCGACGACUACGAACUGCUGCAGCGGGUCGGCUCCGGCACGUACGGAGAAGUGUACAAAGCCCGAGAUAUCAGGUGAUUAAUCGUGUCAAAACAGAAACAAAAAAAAACGCACAAAUUUUAUUGCAGAAGCGACACACUGGCAGCUGUUAAAGUGGUCAAGCUGGAGGCGGGCGACAAUUUCGCGGUCAUUCAACAGGAGAUAAUGGUGAUCAGAGAAUGCUCGCAUCCGAAUAUUAUAGCCUAUUUUGGCAGUUAUAUCAGAAGGUGAGAGUUGAAAAUAAUGAAAGAGAGGAACGAAAUGGAGGUUUGUUUCAGGGAUCGACUGUGGAUUGUUAUGGAGUACUGCGGAGGAGGGAGUCUUCAGGACAUUUAUCACUGUAAGCAUCAGUAAUGAACGUAUCGAUCGAUCAGGAUUCACUUUUUCAGUGACUGGACCUCUCUCCGAACUGCAAAUUGCAUUCGUCUGUAGGGAGACUCUGCGUGGACUGGAUUACUUGCACAAUAUGGGAAAAGUAGGUCAAUAUUUCUGGAAAUCGAUUCGAACCCCCCUAUUCAGAUUCACCGUGACAUAAAGGGCGCCAAUAUUCUGCUCUCCUCCAACGGCGAUGUGAAAUUAGCCGAUUUCGGAGUCGCUGCACAGAUCACAGCCACCAUUGGAAAGAGAAAAUCGUUCAUUGGAACACCUUACUGGUAAAUUCAUUUCAAUUUUACUGAAACUGACGUGAGUUGUUUUUUCAGGAUGGCUCCUGAGGUGGCGUGUGUAGAAAAACGUGGCGGUUACGGAAUGCAAUGCGACGUCUGGGCCACCGGAAUCACAGCGAUAGAGCUCGGAGAGUGCCAGCCACCGCUUUUCGACUUGCAUCCAAUGCAAGUUCUCUAUCUGAUGACGAAAAGUGGAUACAAGUCUCCGCAUCUGAAGGACAAGCAUCGGUGGUCUCCGCUUUUUCACGAUUUUGUUCGUCAAUGCCUCACGAAGAAUCCGAAGAAAAGGCCUUCUCCGGAGAAGUUGCUGACCACUCAUCCAUUCGUGCUUGGCUCCCUCUCGGCCAGAAUGACCAGAGAUUUGUUGGAUAAGGUGAAUGGAGCACCAGCGGAUGUGUACGACCGAAUGUCCCGAACCGCCGACGAUCUGACCGAAGAGGAGUCCGACAUGGACGACGCUCCCCCUCUGCUCACGCCGGACGCAGCUCCCCUCCGCAUCGGAUUGCCCUCUCACUUGAACGGUCUGCGCCUUGACUCAAAGUGCUUGGAGCAGCUGACAUCUUCUCCCAAUACGUCAGCGAUGGAAACAGACCGAAUGACUCCAACAGCCACGCCAAGAGCAUUGAACCGAGGAUAUCAUUCCGAACGGACACUUCCUGCGAAAGAGAUGCCGUCGCUGCCGGACGUCGUCGGAGGAGACGCCCUUUUGCACUGUGGAAACGGUGUGAUUCACGACGAUGACGAAACGAUCCGAGCACCGAGGGCACCGCCACGAACUCUGCGAGCAGCUCAGAAAGCCGCCGCAAAUAAUGGUGAAAACCGAUUCAGUUCGACUUCAAUUACAUCCACGCCUUCUGACGAUGUACCGACGGCCUUUUUCGGAAUGCCGAUCAUUCCGAAAGUUCCGAUGGGCGCUUGCUUUUCGAAAAUAAUGGAUGGAACUGAUCUGAAAGUGAAUUGUGCGGCUUCCUGGGUUCACCCGCUGACCGGAGCACACCUUCUGCUUUUCGGAACCGAACAGGGCAUUUACUCAUUUGAUACCAACUUCAUGCCCGACGGAAAUCUCACUAGGGUAAGAAAACUUGUGCAAUCUCAAUCUUCGCAAAUUAAUUUUUAGAUUCAUCAUCGUCGCUGCUCAUGGAUGUUCGUCUACUCGGACCGUCUGACUGCCAUUCAAGGCAACACUCCCUACCUCUAUCGACACGAUCUAAUUGCCUUGACUCAAAAAAAUCUCACACUUAAAAUGAGCAAGAACCUGAACAAGAUUCCGGAGAAGUACGUCCCGAAGAGACUGGCCAUAACUGUCCGAAUGCCGGAGACGCGUGGAGCCCUCCAGUGCACGGUGAAACGAGGCGAAGGAGCACAGUCAACUCCUUGUUCCUGUGCUGCGCUGUUCCCAAAACUGUCCAUCUCUUCCAGUGGUCAGUCAUCUCGUCUUCGUUUUCCUAUUUCUAAACUUUAACUCCUUCAGGUACAAACCGAUGCAGCAGUUCGUUCUGAUGCGAAGCGAACCUCUCCGUGAAGACGUCCGUUUCCCCAUUCGGCCUUUCGCUCUUGUCAAUUCUCGCACUUCCGACUUUCCGCAAUUGUGCAUCGGCGUCGGAAAGAUGCAAGGUUCCUCGGAGUAUCAGUUCAACAUGAUCAAUUUCUGCUCGUCAACUAAAAACUCGGAGUUGAGCGGUGACCCGAACUCGUCGUUCGGCAGUCUGGCCGACGACGAGAUGCUGGAAGUGGGAAAUAUGCAUCAAAUCGACAAAGACACUCUCUGUUUCUCCUUCCGUAACAAAGUGGUUCUGACUGAUUUGGAAGGUUUCGAGCGCCCGAAACCGUCAAUUUUUACGUUCAACUUCCACAUCGAGUACCUGCACGUAGUCGACAAUUCGAUUCUCGCGUUCUACUCAAACGGAGUGCAGGGCAGAGAUCUGAGGACGAACCUCAACACGCAAGAUCUGUGCGAUGUUUCCCGUCUGUAUAGAGUCAUCGGCGACGACAGGUAUCCUUUGCCAAUUCUCUCCGUCUCAUAGUUUCGUGUUUUUUCAGAGUGAUCGUGCUCCGAUCACAAAUGAUGAGCUCUCGGAACGCCGGCGACACGUGCGACAUUUCCCUUCUGAUGGGCCACGCCGACACGCCCGUCCUCUGA